GCUAAAAGGCGAUUGGAAGGUGGAGUUUGUUAGUCUGUUUUUUCCCACGUUUAGUGUGAGGAAAAAAGCGGAGUCAUUACUCACUACAGUGGGUUGCGGAGGAGAAAUGGAGGAGAUAGAAGAGGUUUGGAGUCGACUGAGGCUUAAUGAAGAAGAAAAUACUCCUAUUGAUGUAAAUGGAGGGGAGGAAGAGAGUAUUAGGAGGAGGGGAGAAAGAAGUUUGGUGGGGAAAAUAUGUUCGCCGAGGAGGAUCGGUAAAGAAAUAGUAAAGGCGACGAUGGAGAAGAUAUGGAGGGUGGGGAAACCUCUGGAUUUUGAGGAGAUUGGUUUCAAUUGUUUUGCUAUUACUCUAGCAAGUGCGAGAGACAAAUCGAGAGUACUGGAGGGAUGCCCCUGGCUUUUUGACAAUUUCCUGUUUGUGUUAAAGGAUUUUGAUGGGGAAACUCAAACAAAUCUGCUAGACUUUGAUUCUACAGAACUUUGGGUUCAAAUGCACAAUCUCCCGUUAGGAUAUAUGAAUAAAUGGAUGGGGACGCAUAUAGGGACUUCGAUUGGAAGGGUGAGUGAAAUCGAUGUAAAUGAUGAUGGAAUGGCAUGGGGUCAUUAUCUGAUAGUGAAGAUUGAGUGCAAUCUGAGGGCUCCAUUGGCCCGAGGAAGAACUGUCAAUAUUUCAGGAGGUAAGAUCUGGGUGCCUUUUCAAUAUGAAAAGUUACCAAAGUUGUGUUUCAGCUGUGGAUGCAUUGUUCAUGGGAAAGAUGGUUGUACUGCUAGAGGGGAUGUGGAAGCAGCGCAAUAUGGGACCUGGAUGAGAGCAAGGGUGGUGAAUAAAAAACAAAAUGAGAGAAAGAGGAACAAUAACCAGGAGAAAAGAAGUACUGUGGAAGUAGGGGAGGAGAGGGUGGAUGGUAUGAAGGGGGAGGGACUGAGGAAGGGGGAGCAGUCUAUCAUUUUGUCUGAGGAAGUUAAGGGUGGGAUUACUAAGGCAGAAAAGGAGGAGGAGAUUCUGAAAAGGGGAGAAUCGUAUGUCAGUGGGAGGAUUGGUCCAAAAAGGCUGGAGGAGAGGGAGGGUUUAGAUCCUGUUUUGAACUCUAAUUCUUCUCGGGCUGAUCAAUUGCCAGAGGUAGAUCAAAUCUCAAAUGUCAAAGGUCGAACUAUGGAGGGAAGAAGGAGCUGGAAAAGGAGAGCAAGGGGAAAGGAUCAGGCUAGUUUGGUAUGUCUCUUGAACCUUAACACUAAAUAUUCUUUGAUUGAUGAAGAUAAUGAUAUGGUGCUGUCUGUGGGAGGAAAGAAGGCAAGAAUGAAUGAGGGUGCAGAGCCUGUUGUGGAUCUCUAUGAGGUGGAGGCUAUGAUGUAG